ACUCAUGUCUACUCUUCCCGUGCCCCUUGCGCGACUCUUGGUGUGAUAUCUUAGUAUGUGUCAUUAAUUAUUAUACGUUACUUACUUCAAAGAAUAUCUACCAUCAAGAUAGAACAAUCAUUGAGCACGUAUUUCAGACCUAGUCAUUAGCAGAUUUCAGGUUGUAGUGUGUUUGUGUGUGUGUGUUGUGUGAAUAACAAUAUGCGAAGUUUGAAAAAUAAGGGUUCUUCACUAGCACCACAAGUUUUAGAAGCUAGCGAGCAUGGCUGUACUCCGCGAAAGAGAAAAAUAAUUCUCAUUUCUGUGAUCUUAAUAGGAAUUUCAAUAAUAGUAGCUGGACUUUUUUAUCUAGGAUUUUCAGUUAGAGUUGAAACAUGUACUGCCUCAGCAUGUGUUCGCACCGCCGCCGAAAUUCUAAGACAUAUCAAUAUCAAAGCUGAUCCAUGUGAGGAUUUUUAUCGAUUUUCUUGCGGCAAUUUCCUGCAGAACACACACUUGCAGGAUAAUCGAGAAUCCCGAUCUGGAUCUCGAUCGGUCGGGGACAUCACUAAAGACGAAAUUCAAUCUCGUAUCAGAGAUAUACUUGAGGUACCUGUACGGCUUGAAGAACCAAAGCCAUUUAACGUUGCUAAACAAUUCUAUCGAGCUUGCAUGAAUGAAACUGCUAUCGCUCGACGAGGAUUAAAAAAGGUAAAAGAAAUUUUGAAAUUAAUCGGUGGCUGGCCUACGCUUGAAGGAUACAAUUGGGACCAAAAACGUUUCGAUUGGAUGGAGUCCUUACAUAAACUUCGACAGUACGGUCUUAAUUUCGACGUCUUUUUUCGUAUAACUGUUGAAAAGGAUGACAGGGGAACAAAUUACAGAUACGUUUUAGGUAUUCAUGAAGCUAUGUAUUCUCCAAAUGAACCAAAUUCAGAAAUUAGAGGUCUCAUGUUUCGCUACAUGGUAGACAUCGCUGUUCUGUUUGGAGCAGAUAGAAAUAUAGCUGCAGAAGAUGUUAGGGAAGUGCUUAGGAAAUAUGAGGAACUGGGAAAGAUGGUUCAGGAUACAGUUUUUGAUAACAUCACUGAAUCUGAUUAUGACAAAAGGGCAUUGUCUGAGCUCCAAUUCAAAUACAGAGAUAUUCAAUGGCACCAUUUCCUCAGUGGAUUAUUGAAACCGGCGACAAAUAUUAAUUAUGAUGAUGAUAUCAUCAUUUUUCGACCACAGUAUGUUGAAUUUAUGCAAAAUUUUCUGGGAAUAACAUCUAAAAGGACAUUGGCAAAUCUAAUUUCUUGGCAUACGAUUCAACAUUUGAUUAAUUUCAUGCCGACAGAAAUCGUAGAAAAAACUACAGAGCUUGUUGAUAAAAUCAAUGGAAGGAUGAUGAAUUUCAAAGAACCGAGAUAUAAAACUUGCUUACUAGAAACUAAAAAAAGAUUAGGACCUGUACUGUCGGCAGCCUAUAUCCAACAAUUUUUCCCUGAAGACGUAAGAUUUAAAAUUGUAACAAUGAUUAAAAACAUAAAACAGCAAGCUGAGGAGACAGUACGGAAUUUAGAGUGGAUGGAUUCGGCAACCAAGAUGUUGGUAAUCAAGUCAUUGCACUCAACUGGUGAAAGGCUUCCAUCCACUUUAGACUUAUUAAACCUUCUAGAGGAGAAUAGAAAGUUAUAUUCUCAGGUGAAAAUAAAUGAAACUGAAUAUUUAGAAUCCGCAUUGGAGCUGAAUCUUGUUGCACUAUACAAGGAACAAAGUAGAAUGAAGCAAACGUAUGAAGAAGAUUUAUACAGUGACAUUGAUUUCGUUACCAGCCUUGAAAUCAAAUAUUCCCCUCGAGAAAAACUAUUAAGUUUCCCAGUCGGCAUAUUCAGCGGUAUCUAUUACCAGAGUCAUCGGCCGGAGUACAUGAACUACGGUAGUUUGGGCUCUAUAAUUGCCCAACAAGUAUACCAUAUAUUCAUGAGGGCUGUAGAAGGGGAUCAGUCCCCUGGAGAGUUGAGGAGUUGGUGGUCGCCGAGCAGUUUCGCGUAUUACAAUCAGAAACUAGAAUGUCUUUCGAAUCAGUACAGUAACUUCAAAGUUGCGGGAUUAAGACAUAAGCACCUAAAUCCGACAAAAACCCGCGACGAGGACAUGGCAGAUUUAGCAGGGAUGAAAAUUUCUUACGACACUUACAUCAAUUGGAGUCGCGAAAACGAUGGGGAGUCCCUACUUCCGGGAUUAAACUAUUCUCCCAAUCAAUUGUUUUGGAUAUCGGCGUCCAUACGUCACUGUUCAAAGUAUUCUCAAGGAGGUUUAGAGAGUGUUAUGGACAAUUAUAGGCUCAAUCCCUAUCAAUUUCAAGUAAAUGGUUUAUUACAAAAUCUACCACAGUUUGCUUUUGAUUUCGGAUGUCCUGUAGGAUCCAAAAUGAAUCCCAAAGACAAAUGUGAUAUUUGGUGACACUUGUUAUUAUGAAAUAUUUGUUAUAUUGAGUGUUUUUCUCAAUAAAUUAUUUUUUCAG